UCAAGUCAAACCCUCCUCCCAUUUAUACUUCUCUUCCUUCUCUUCCCUUUGUCGCAAAGUAUUCUAGAGAAAGUGAGAGAGAGAGAGAGAGAAAUGAAGCUUGUGUGGUGUCCAGAUAUGUCCUCCAAGGCCUACAUCGACGGCGUCAAGGUGCUCGCCGACCGCGACGACCUGGCAGGAUCGGCGGAGCUCGCCGAGCUUGUCUGCGCCAUGGCCGGUGGCUGGAACGCGCAGCUCGUGGUCGAGGCGCCGGACGUGUCGGCGGCGUCAUCCUCGCGCCCACGGGCGGCAGCCACGAGCCUCGCGCUCGCCGCGGCCGCGCGGCGCACGGGCGGCCGCUACGCCUGCGUGCUCCCGGACGCCGACUCCGCGGCGGCCUACGCAGUGGCCGGUGCUGCUCCGUCAUCGUCACCCACGGUAGUGGUCGGGGAGGCGGGAGAGGCGAUGGCGCGGCUGGAGGGCGUGGACCUCCUGGUGGUCGACGCGCGGCGGCGGGACGCGGCAGCCGUGCUGCGGGCGGCCAGGCCCGGCCCCAGGGGCAUGGUGGUGGUGCGCCACCGCGAUGGGAGGCGGUGCGGCCCGACGGCGCUGGCGGCGGCGUCCAUGGCGGCCGGGACCAGGGUCGUGCGGUCCGUCUACCUUCCCAUCGGCAAGGGCGUCGAGGUUCUGCACGUCGGCGUCGGUAAGGGCCCCAGCCUGCAGAGCCGGAGCGGCGGGCGGGUUGCCAGUCGGUGGAUCCGGCACGUCAACCACGACACCGGCGAGGAGCACGUCUUCCGGCGGCAGUAGUUAGCCGGCUCCUCGAUCUAUUGCACCGUCCAGGUGGAUCAAAAUCAACAAAAGUUCGCGUGGAAAAAAUAUAUGUUAGAUUCUUUGAAUUUGCCCGUGAUUGUGGUCUGCAUAAGACGGGUGGAAAGUGUGACGAGUCAUGGUGUAAAUAGCACUACAUACCUAAUUAGGUCCUUAAUGCGUCAAUGCUUUAUACUUUAUAUACUGGGUACCCUGCAAUCUCUUUUCUGCCACAAAUAUUACCUUUUUAUUUCGUUAUAUACAGUGUGGUUUGUAUAAGUUUGAGUCAUCUAUUUGUUACCCAUAAAGUAUUGAUCGAUGCGUUUCA